AUGGUCAUCGGCCUUCUCAUCCUCACCUCCAUUCCUACCGUGACAGGUGUCGCACAAGCCAUUCAUGGGCAAAAGAAGCACAAGGAGCGCGAGAAAGAUGCAAGGCGCAUGCAAAAAUUCUACAUCGAUGUCUACUGUGAAGCCCAGAGCUCACGGACACGUGAAAUCCACGACAAAAGGCUUGUUUUGAGAGAUGACCGCGUGUGGAUAGGGCCGCAUGAAGCGUUGAAUCCGUGUAAGGAAGGAUAUGUCGCGGAAGCGUUUUAUAUCGAGUAUCCCGACAACGAAAGAGUUCCCGUCCCCAUCGGCCUCGUUAGCCAAGUUCGAGAUGAUCCUCCGCUGUUGAACUGGAUAUAUGUGGACAAGGACACAAUGGAAAUAAAAUAUGGCAACAAAUCAGCAAGCAUAGAGCAUCACGUCGGCCCGUGGGAUUGGACAGAAGAUGAAGAGGGUAUAACUUUUGAUGAAACCGAGGCCUUUGUAGCAGUCGAGGAUCCUUCAACACGACAAUGGCAACUGUACUAUGACAUGGACAAUGAUGGACUCAGUCGUUUCGUCCCAAAAGGGAGGCGGAAAUUUCAGAUCAGCCUGGAGCGGACUUUGAUACCUGGGGCAGAGGGAGGGAAAUAA